AUGGCAAAGACUUCCAAACUGAAAGGCAACCAUAAGAAAUCUGAAACCUCAAAAGUGUCGAGAAAAAGAUCUCAUGAAGAUUCAGAAUCUGAAGUUGAAGAUAAUGAAAAAGUAGUUGAAGAAUUAGAUGCUGAUUUUGAUGAAGUUGCAGGAUUAUUAGGUGACGAUAUUGAAGAUCCUGAAUCAAAAUCACAAUCAAAGAAAGAAAAACAAAAGGCAAAGGAUGAAGCCAAACUUGAAAAAUUAACCAAACCGCAAGUAUCCAAAGAAAUUACCGAGGAUGAUUCCGAGAAUGUAUUAUUUGAAAAUGCCGAUUUGUCUGAACCAACCAUGAGAGCCAUCAAAGAAAUGGGAUUUACUAAAAUGACAAAAGUUCAAGCUAAAACGAUACCACCAUUAUUGGCUGGUAGAGAUGUUUUAGGAGCAGCAAAAACUGGAUCUGGUAAAACAUUGGCAUUUUUGAUUCCUGCAAUUGAAUUAUUAUAUUCCUUGAAAAUCAAACCAAGAAAUGGUACUGCAGUGAUAAUAAUUACCCCAACUAGAGAAUUAGCUUUACAAAUUUUUGGUGUUGCUCGUGAAUUAAUGCAAUUCCAUUCUCAAACUUGUGGCAUAGUUAUUGGAGGGGCCGAUAGAAGACAAGAAGCCACAAAAUUGUCGAAAGGUGUCAACUUAUUAGUGGCUACUCCAGGUAGAUUAUUGGAUCAUUUGAAAAAUACCCAAUUUGUGUUUAGUAAUCUAAAAGCCUUGGUAAUUGAUGAAGCCGAUAGAAUUUUAGAAAUUGGGUUUGAAGAUGAAAUGAAACAAAUCAUCAAAGUUUUACCUAAUGAAAACAGACAAUCAAUGUUGUUUUCUGCCACCCAAACCACAAAAGUGGAAGAUUUAGCGAGAAUCUCAUUAAGACCAGGUCCGUUAUACAUAAAUGUUGUGCCCGAAAAAGAUGUAUCAACUGCUGAUGGGUUAGAACAAGGGUAUGUUGUCUGUGAUUCUGACAAGAGAUUUUUAUUAUUAUUUUCUUUCUUAAAAAGAAACGUCAAGAAAAAAAUCAUUGUGUUUUUGUCAUCCUGUAAUAGUGUCAAAUUUUACAGUGAAUUAUUGAAUUAUAUUGACUUACCAGUAUUGGAUUUACAUGGUAAACAAAAGCAACAAAAGCGUACAAACACAUUUUUCGAAUUUUGCAAUGCUAAACAAGGAAUAUUAGUAUGCACAGAUGUUGCUGCUAGAGGGUUGGAUAUUCCUGCAGUUGACUGGAUUGUUCAAUUUGAUCCACCAGAUGAUCCAAGAGAUUAUAUUCAUCGUGUUGGAAGAACAGCUAGAGGAACUCAAGGGAAAGGUAAAUCAUUGAUGUUUUUGACUCCAUCGGAAUUGGGAUUUUUAAGAUACUUGAAAGCUGCCAAAGUACCUUUGAAUGAAUACGAGUUCCCUGCUAAUAAGAUUGCCAACAUCCAAUCUCAAUUGACAAAAUUGAUCAAAACCAAUUAUUUGUUGAAUCAAUCUGCCAAAGAUGGGUACAGAGCAUAUUUGCAAGCUUAUGCUUCCCAUGGAUUAAAAACUGUGUAUCAAAUUGAUAAAUUGGAUUUAAAGAAAGUUAGUGCUAGUUUUGGUUUAGAUCAAGUACCAAGAGUCAACUUGAGUAUUGGUGGCACGAAAACCAAAAAGCAAAAAAGGUCAUAA